AUGCCGUGUGGUAAAAGUUUCAGGAGGAGAAGUGACUCCUCAGACGAGGAGGAAGAGCUCGAGACAACCGAAGAAGUCAGAUCCAAGGUCGAGGAGGCUAAAGAGCUGCAAAGUUUGAGGAAACGACAGAGCGGAGUCAGCGUGACUGCUUUAUUGGUCGGAGAGAAACUGCCACCAGAGGCAGAAAUUGAUAAUGAUCCUUUUAAAUUGAAGACUGGUGGAGUUGUAGACAUGAAGAAAGUGAAAGACAGAAACAGAGACAUGACAGAGGAUGAGACCGACCUCAAUCUUGGCACGUCAUUUUCAGCUGAGACAAAUAGAAGGGAUGAGGAUGCAGAUAUGAUGAAAUACAUUGAGACUGAGUUGAAAAAGAAGAAGGGCUUGGUGGAGGCUGAGGAGCAGAGAGUUAAAGUGAAGAAUGCAGAAGACCACCUGUACGAACUGCCCGAGAACAUCCGAGUGAACUCUGCCAAGAAGACGGAGGAGAUGUUGUCCAAUCAGAUGCUGAGUGGCAUCCCUGAAGUCGAUCUUGGCAUUGAUGCAAAGAUAAAAAACAUCAUCCAGACUGAGGACGCAAAAGCCAAGCUCAUUGCUGAACAGAGGAACAAGAAAAAAGACCUCGGCACGUCGUUUGUUCCCACAAACAUUGCUGUGAAUUAUGUCCAACACAACCGCUUCUAUCACGAGGACGUUAACGCGCCACAGAGGCACCACAGACACAGAGAGGAGCCCAAAGCAAGGCCGCUGCGAGUGGGCGACACGGAGAAACCGGGUCCAGAGGCUCCAUCACCGCCCAACCAUCGCAAGCGUCCCAACAACGAGAAGGCCACCGACGACUACCACUAUGAGAAGUUCAAGAAGAUGAAUCGAAGAUAUUAA